AGUCAUGCGCGUGGUUCAAGAAGGUCAUCAGCCGCUUGACUAGUGGAUACGGAGCUCUUGAGCAAUUGUGGUACUUGCUCGUUGCAUCGUGGCAAUAAUGUGAUUAUUGUGCAAACCGUGGUCGCGCUUUACCGAAUCUAGUGGACGUGUCUGCUCAAUCAAGUGGUUUGUUAUUCAUCCAGUCCACAAGUCCACUGAUUAUUCAGCUAUAAAACUCGCCGCUCGACAUGACAUCUUCCAUCAACUCAUCCUUGCUUCAUUCGCAUCAUGAUUUUCUUCACUGAACCUGUCCGAACGAGUCCCUAUUCUCUCGACUACUAUCCCUACCGCCCCGUAGUCUUACUCUCUGCGCGUGCGCGUGCUACGCUGUAUCUCGCCGAGCAGCGUGAACGUGCAUGGGCUCUGCGUUACCAGCAGCAGCCUGUGGAUCAGCCUACCCAAAUUGCCCUCCUUGCUCAAGAGUGCGACGAAUCUCCCGACCAGGAGUGCAUGAUGCACGUCUUGCGUACCUGUGCGCCGCAGCAUGAGGACGAAAUUGGCUACAUGAUGGCCUACAAGCACGCUGAAAUGCGGCAUGCCAAGCACGCAAUACGCCAGAUAGCUGAAAUGCAGCGGACUACGACCCUACAGUUGCAGGCUAUGGCUGAUUUACGAUCUGACAUGGAGGAGGCACAGAUUUUUGCCCACCACCGUGCAAAUACCGAGAAAUUCCUCGAGGAAGCUGAGACCUACCUCGAGGAUUUUCUACCUCCGGAUCAGGAGUCAUACCUCACUAUCUUUGAACCUUUUGACCUGUCUGAUGAUUCCAUCUCAACUUCCACCUCCAAGGUCAUCGUCCAGGAUGAGCCUUUACUUAAGGACGUGACGGAUGGAAGACUGUUAUGACAGAGAGCCAUCGUGCGGCAGAGUACCGGUCUGAGGUGCUCAAUACGCUCCAGUCGAUCCUUGGCUGUCUUUCUGGAGACACUUCGGUGCAGGCCAACGUCAACGAAGAGGGAAACACA